UGUGAUUUAUGCAGUGCUACAUUUACUAAAGCAGGGAAUUAUUACAGACAUAGAAAAAUACACAGCAUUUAUACACGCUAUACCUGUAAUCAAUGUGAUAGAAAAUUUCUCCAGAAAUGUGAUUUAAAACGUCACACCUUGAUACAUAUGAAGCAGGAACCAUUUCGAUGUGAUGUCUGCCAGAAAGGUUAUAUUCGAAAUUCUGAUUUAAAAGUUCACAUGAGGUUUCACACCAGAGAAAGAUCCCAUCCUUGUGAUAAAUGUGAUAAAAAAUUCUUCCAGUCAGGUGAUUUGAAUCGACAUAAAAGACAUGUUCAUAAAGAGAAGUCACCUUUAACUUGUGGUCACUGUAAGAAGGGGUAUGCCUCCGAAGCUACAUUGAUAAGACACAUGCAAGCUAAUCAUAGAGAGUUG